AUGGGCAAGUUCACCGUGUUCGAGUUUCUUCGCGAGCAAUGGACAGAGCUCCCGAUCUCCACCGCGGACGUCAGCGGCCAGUCGUUGGUCGUGGUUGGUACUAAUGUCGGGCUUGGAAACGAAGCUGCUGUGCAUUUAGCCCAGCUGAAACCUAAGACCCUGUUGAUCACCAACAGGGACGAAGUCAAGUGCGAACUAUCAAAAACAGACGUGGAGACUCGGUCUGGCAUGACUGGUAUCGAAUCCUGGCCUCUUGAGCUAAGCUCAUUCGAUUCAGUGCGCUCUUUCGUGGACAAUUUUGAAACGAAGGGAUACACAGCCAAUGUUCUUAUCGCCAACGCUGGCAUAUCGACAAUGCAGUACGCGAAAACACCGGAUGGCUACGAAACUACAUUUCAAGUGAAUUACCUGUCGACUGCUCUGUUGAGCAUAUUGAUGCUGCCUCACCUCAUCGAGACGGGGACUCCUGAACGUGCCUCGAGACUGGUUAUUGUGUCUAGCGAGGUUCAUUAUAUGGCCAACAGACUAAAAGGAGCAGACAAAUGGUCUAGUAUCAUCGAAACAAUCAAUGAUGAGGCGUAUUGUACCUCUAGCGUAAUGAUGAAUCGCUAUCACCUAUCCAAGCUCCUCGAAGUGAUGUUCAUCCGUGAGCUGUCCUCUCGACUUCCCACACCAACUUUGGUCGCUGUUUCGGCAAAAUCGAAUUGGGACCCUAUCUUCAAGUUUGCCGUGAGCAUUUACAAAGGGGUACUGGCACGCACGACCGAGAUGGGCAGUCGGACACUUGUCCAUGCGGCAAUUGAGCCAGGUGAGAGGGAACGGCAUGGCCACUACCUGUCGAGCUGCGAAGUUACCGAAGAGAGCGAUUAUGCUCUCAGCGCGGAAGGAAGAGAGGUUUCGAAGCGUUUGUGGCAUGAGACCCUCAAAAUUCUUGGAGACAUCGAUCCAAGAGUUAAUACAAUUGUGUCCGAACACCUCACCCAGGAUAUAGCAUAA